GGGGUCGCAUUGGAUGGUUCUCGAUCAUUAGGUUACGCGCACAAACGAAAAAUUGUCGCGCAACAGUUUUAUCGCUUUCACUCGCAUCAAUCAAAAGUCCAGUUCCUUCUCCUUCGAGGUAUUAACAAAAGAGUCGUUCUGGAAUCGCGUUGUCCAUAUUUAAAGGAUGCGCUUAUCGUGUUUUCGUAAGUGAAAAGAUUGUGGCGCGAAAAAUUGUCGUUAGUAUGCUCAUAGUUUUUGUAGUCGACGCGUGUACCGGAGAGGUUAAGAUGGGUGAAACGUAACAGGAUUUAUUUGUAAACGACGUGAACGGAGUUUAUGCACUGAUUCGCGUAGUAAAAUGUGUAUAUAGUACACGCGACACUACUUGAUUUUCAUUAGUUUACAUUCACUCCAGUAAACUCGUUUCAUGCCUAAUUCACGCAUUUUAAUUUUUCGAAACUCGAUGGAUAUCUUAUUCGUUUCUGACACUUUUUCUUUAGCACACGUAUUUUUGCUUAUUGUGUAUAUCUAAAAACGAAGUUAUGUCAUAGACAUAGUCUUGUACUUUUACUUCCGCGAAAGGUAGAAAAUAGCUUCUUACGAACGUAAAAUGAAAAUGGACUACAUAGUUUUCUUAGACGAUAAUUUAUUCGAAGUGAGUGCAUCAACGAAAACCAGAGUUACUGAUGACGAAGCUGUUACUUUCUACGAAUUAUUUUACAUUUUGCAAAUAUCUCAAGGAAACUGGUGGGGAUCGGGGAACGAGAGCUACACAUACAUAGCGAUGCGGAGCAUCAGCGAGAGAGUAAGAGGGAAAGCGCAGGGUGGCAAACGCCGAGUUGCCACCCCUCGUCAGCUGUCCUGUACGAGGCAGCCAGUACGCGUCGUGGCUUCGCCACGUGCUUCUCGUCUCUUUGCAAAAUUUGUGUUCACCAUCGUCGACGAUGUUUUCAUAUUUGACCGUGAUCUUGUGUUGAUUCGCCGAUCAAAUCGAACCACGGAUUCUCCGCGAUGCGAUUAAUUUGGGACAUCUGGAUCCGUUCGUGACCAUCGGUCGUACAUACUGUUUCGACGACCAUGUGACGAACGAGACGCUUAUCUUCGAUACGAGUUCAUUAUGGAGAUUCCAGCGUUUUUUCAUCGAGCGUAAUAAUAGAAAUAAAAGGUAUCCGAACGCUAGGCGUUUCAAUCGAAUUGAUGAAUGAAUUAGGACGCAUUGCGAGGGAGGAUCGGUCCCAAGACAUCAUGAAGCAGCGAGUCCUACUGGCCCUCGCCAACUUGAUCACCUCCUACGCAUCUUUCCUAGCGGCCACUGGAGCGAAAGCGUCUACGAGGCAGAGGACGCAGAGCAACAAUCACAGCAACAUCAGCGAGCUACUAGACAAUCUUCUUCGCGGUUACGACAACAGCGUCAGACCAGACUUCGGUGGUCCACCAGCCACGGUUGAGGUCGACAUCAUGGUGCGCAGUAUGGGUCCGAUUUCCGAAGUCGAUAUGACAUAUUCAAUGGAUUGCUACUUCCGGCAGUCGUGGGUGGAUCGACGUUUGGCUUUUCAAGGUGGCAAAGAAACUCUGGCGCUCAGUAUAUCGAUGCUGGCAAGAAUCUGGAAGCCGGAUACGUACUUUUACAAUGGAAAGCACAGUUAUUUACACACGAUAACCAGCCCUAAUAAGUUCGUCAGGCUUUAUCAAGACGGCAGAGUGCUGUAUAGUUCAAGACUUACGAUUAAGGCUGGUUGUCCGAUGAAUCUUGAAAAUUUUCCGAUGGAUACGCAGAGAUGUCCACUACAAUUUGGCAGCUUCGGUUACACGAAACGGGACGUGAUCUACAAAUGGAACAGCGCCCGACAAGUAGCAAUCGCCGAGGACAUGAAAUUAUCCCAAUUCGAUUUAGUUGCCAAUCCCACUGCGAAUUAUUCUGCAUCGGCGACGCUUUCACACGCGGAAUAUUCGAUGCUGCUGGUAUAUUUUCAUCUGCAGAGGCACAUGGGUAAUUUCCUUAUACAAGUAUACGGGCCCUGUGUUUUACUCGUGGUCCUAUCUUGGGUCUCCUUCUGGUUAAAUCGAGAAGCCACUGCAGAUCGUGUAUCACUGGGCAUAACAACCGUAUUAACGAUGACGUUUCUGGGAUUGGAGGCGCGGACAGAUUUGCCUAAAGUUCCUUACCCCACUGCCCUGGACUUCUUCGUUUUUCUUUCUUUCGCUUUCAUUUUUGCCACUAUUAUACAAUUCGCGGUGGUGCAUUAUUUCACCAAGUACGGUUCCGGCGAGUGUUAUUUCAGCUCCGAUUUAAGCGAAAGCGAGAGUUCCAGCGACGAGGAGGAGGCGAAUAGACGACAAUUGCAGAAAGAACCGGUACCCCAAUCGCACAAAAGAACCGCUGGAAACCUAACGGCAAGAGGGCACUCAAGUCGAAAUUUUACGAUGAAUGAGGACGGUAUGAUUGAAGUGAUACCGUUAUCAGCGAUCCCAGAACCCAGCAGAAAUCCUACAGUGGGCCACUGGCAGAUGUCCUGCGUGACCUGCAGCCCGCCCCCUCGUCAAGCUCCUCCGAGCAGAAAAGAGGGAUCCGGUCGAAGGCGACGCAGAAGAACGCCUAGAUACAAUUCCGUAUCGAAAAUCGAUCGUGCCAGCCGCAUCGUGUUCCCCGUGUUCUUCCUGGCUAUCAACGUGUUCUACUGGUGCGCGUAUCUGUCGAGAAGCGAGCGUAUCAAUUACUACAACGUGGACUCGAACGGCACGUGAAAUCGGUCGCUAAACGGGACAACCAAGGGAAAACAAGUGUACGAACGUUCUCCACGGGAUUACUCAACGGAGAAGGAGAUGUCGAUCGACCAAUCUACGAUAUUACUUUAAGCGAUCACUUAAUAAAAAUUGUUGGCCGGCGGGCGAUUUACGAGGAGAAUGAGAGCUUUGGACGAGCGUAUGAACGAAUAUUACGUUAUCGUUCGUAAAUUUAAUCGUAUUAAAUAGAAAGGGACAAGGAUGCAUGAAUAUUAUAAGUAUUAGAGACAUUUGCAUUUGUAUUUUUAACUCUCCGUAGGGGAAGUUUCUAACUAUUGUUUUAAAAAGUUUUAAUUAUUGCUUAGCUUGCGAUCAAAGUAAAAUCUUUUCGAAAAAAAUUGCGAAUAUUUCAAGGGGAGAUUCUAAUAUUUAACUUAACAAGUUAUUAGAUAAUAUAACAAAGAUGUUAAUAAGUAUGGCAGAAUUUUUUAAAAGUCUGAAACAGCAAGAAGAUGUAUAUUUGGAUAUAAACGAUCCAAUUUCUAUAUUGAAAAUAUAUAUUUUAUAAUACAUUGUAUAUGGAACAUUACUAAAUUGUGACAUUUUCCAAUUUCCUUUACAAUUAGUACAAUGAUACAUAUUUCACUUGAAAUUCUGCAUUCUUACGAUUAACCUUGUGAACGAUGAUACUAAUAAAUAAUCGAUAUCAACAAUACGGACGAAGAUAUGAGACCAGACUAGGAAACCUUAUGAAACGCUAUAUAAAUAUUUAGUAAAGCUUAAAAUGUGAGUUUGUAAUGUAUGCGGAGAAACUGAAGAGAUAAAUAUUGUUUAAAUCAUUUUAAGAAAUAAUUAUUGUUUAAAUUUUAUAUCUUGUUAAAUAGUGAUUCAUAUCGUAACACUUAAAAAACGAACUAUAAUAGGUUUUUUGUGUUUAACACUUUAAAUAUAGUAGACGAAUUUAUAAUUUAAACAGUAUCAUUAUUAGACAGUAAACAGUAAUUAUUAUUACUAUUUUAUGACAAUAAACGUUAUGUUCACGAUUCAAAAUAGAAUGAUAUAUGUAGAAAUAUCUCUUUACAAUAACAAUCAGAUGUAAAAAUAUCUUUUUAUAAUUCACGACUUACAAGCCGUUCAAGGGUUAAUAAGCAUAUUUUUCGUUAGCAAAUAACAUUAUUCAUUAUUCUCGACAAAAAUGGAAAAAUUGUCUGCGUUAAAAUGAGAUAUAUACACAUAUAUAUGAAAUAUUAUGUUCAAUCUCCUAAGUGUUAAAUUAUAGCACACGAAUAUAACACGGAUAUAAAAAAUCCCUUAUCCGUACCAAUUAAUCAUUCUAAAUAGUGAUAAAUGUAUUGGAAAACACCAAUCUAUUUCUGUCAAUCACAAUCACAGAAAUUACUUCCUCCACUCUUGAAACAAGCAAUUGGGUCAACAAAUGAUUGUAUAACCAUGCUAGAACGAGAUAGUAGUACAGUACUAAAUUGUACUCAUCAUUUCCAUUACAGAUAACGACUGAUUAUUAUAGGUUCGACCUUUGUCUAACAGUCAUAAAUGGUAAUAAAUUAAAAUCGUCGUUUCAUAUUUUUGACCGUUAACGUGCCAUACAAUAGUUAGUAUUUAUGGUUUUCUUUCCUCGAAAACACAGUGUUCAAGUUAGUCUACUAUUUUCUGAGAAGAAAAUUUAGCUUUAAUACCUCCCUCGUUAGACUAUACAAAAUACGUGAACAAUGAAAAAUUAGAACCUUUCCAUAUUUUUUCUCAAUUAUCGACUUUUCUUCCUUCUUAAUUGUCAAUAAAACGAAAUUUUAUAAUGUCGUGAUAUCUGUAACAUUCAAUUUGUUUCAGAGAAUAAAUUAAUUCUCACCUUCCGUGCAUGUGUGGAAAAAAAGAUUUCAAAUGUAAAUGAUGCGAUAAAGUUUAGGACAAAUAUAUAAAAAUUGUUUGAAAUUCCUACCUGAAUGUAAGUUGCAUCAAUUACAGAAAAAAAAUUGUGCCAGUCUGAUCUAAUAAUAAAAUAUCGGUGAAACGUACGGAAUAAAUUUUAAUCAUUAGAAGAACGUUUAGUGAGUGAAAUGAUAGAAAUAUUCAAUGGUAAUUGCGUAUUAGGUGCGACAAUAAAAAUCAAUUUUAAAAACA